UUGUCAGACGUUAUAUAAAGCCAAGGUAUACAUACUAAUCAAGUCAUUCGCAGUUUUCUUCGCUAGACAAGAUGGUAUUCCGCGCACUUACCGUACUCAGUGUCAUAAUCUUUGGAUUGUGUGUGACGGAAAAACUCGAUCUUUCUGUGCCUACCUGCAAACGCGAUUCAAGUCACUAUAACUCCUGCUUAAAACGCGCUAUUAAUGAAGCAUGGCCACUUUUUGUAAAAGGUCUUCCUGCGGAAUUCGAAUUUCCACCUAUGGACCCAUUCUUUUACAAGGAUGCAAGAGGUGUAAUUGAUAGUGGUGAAAUACACGCAGAAAUAAUCAUGUCAAAUAUCACUAUUGAGGGUUUAAAAGAUUUACGUGUUGUGGCUGUGAGCCCGCAUUUUAGUAAUGACUCCUUCCGUUUGAUAGUUAACGCCUACAUACCAAAAAUAUUUGUUGAUGGUAUUUGUAAAGCCAAAGGUACUCUAGGCGGAUUCAGAAUGGGCGGUGAAGGAUACUUUAAUAUGUCUGCGAGAGAUGUCGCAGGAUCGUGGGAUAUAUUUGGUCCCAUAAAUGAUGACACGUGGAUUAUAGAACAUGUUCUUAUAUAUCCGAUGAUUAAAGAUUUUAAGAUAUACUUACAUAAUAUGUUUGAAGGCAGUCGAGAAAUAAAUGAACUCGCUAUGAUGUUUGUCAAUGAAAACUGGCCGUUGCUAAUGCGUAUAACGAUGCCGAUAGCGAGAAAAAAUUGGGACACGUUUUUCAGUGAUCUCCUUAAUCACUUGUUCGCAAAGCUAUCUUUCUCAAAAUUAUUCCCAUAGAGUUCGAAUGUUUAAUUGAAUCGUUAAAUUUAAUAUGAUAUUAAUAUUUUAGCUAAAUAUAGGCCUACAUUUUUCGACAGUUUUAUUAUAACAUAUAAAUUCUGGAUAUACAUUCUGUCAAAUAAAUACCGGGAAUUGUUCAGUAAAACAUAAAAUAUUGGUUUAACCAUCUAAAUUUAUUUUGUCACCUUCAAAAUAGGCCCCAUUUGUUGCGACACUUAUGCUAACGAAUAAUCCAGUUGUUGAAACAUUUCUUAUAAGCACUUUCCGGUAUGGACUGCAGCUCCUUCUGCGAAUUUUGUUUUAUGGCUUCAAUGGACUCAAAACAUCUUACACGAAGUGGUAAUUUGUGUUUGGGGAACAGGAAAAAGUCACACGCGGCUGUAUCUGGCAAAUAUGGUGCUUGGUCGAUGACAUUCGUUGAGUUUUUGGCAAAAAAUUCGCGUACAAGGAUUGAUGUGUGAGACAGCGCAUUAUCGUGGUGUAAAAUCAAAAAGUUGCUUUCCCACAAAUCUGGACUUUUCCGGCGAACACUCUCUUUCAAACGCCCAGAUAAUAUUGUUUGUUGACUAUCUGCCCCUUCGGAUGGAACAACACCACGAUAGCCAAAGAAAACAGUCAAUAUAUCUUUGAUUUUCGAGCGACUUUGACGUGAUAUUUUCGGCCUUCUUUGAAUACUUUGUACGCUCGUGUUUUCAAUAAAGCUGACUCACCGUAGGCCUUCUCCAACAUUUUAACGAUUCAGCACGAAAAAUUUCGUUGGCAACACAAAAUUUGAAGCAAACCCUUUGUUCGAUAUUUUUAUCCAUUUUAAAAAUCGCAGAAGUCGACUAACAAAACCAACAGUUGUAAACAAAGUAGUUGACAGAUGGUGCCAAAACUCUACGUGACAAUUAGGUACUUUGGUAUCAACUUACAGCAAAAAAUUAAUUUUCAUACUUUUUACGCGUACUUUUGAAAUAAACAAUUCCCGGUAUUUAUUUGACAGAAUGUAAAUCAGAUGUUUAAGAUCUGAUAUAAUUAUAAGUGAUAUCCUUGAUCUUGGCGCACACUUCAAGUGCUAAUCAGUAGUAUAAAAACGAUAUAAACAUCUUAACCAUUUAGCUGCAGCACACUUCAGUUAAAACUGGAAUAAUUUUAUGUGAAUAAUUACUCAUUUCUCAAUUACCUUCGAAUCUUUACCUUUUAUAAAAAGAUAUGUCUUUUAUAAAAAGCGGCGAAGCUUCUUGAAUUGCGCGUCUUAAGCAGGAGGAAUAAUCGAUAAAGCGCGCUUAUAUGUGAGCACAAUUGUGUAGAAAUAAAAGCAGAAUAACAUAAGUUGUUUUCGAAUAAAAAUAAUGUUUCUGA